UGGAUGCCGAAGGCGCGGCCAGGCGGGGUCCAUUCAGACCACCUCAGCCAACCAUUUGUUUGGCUUGUGGGUCUCUUCUAGUCCGGCCGCUCCCAUUUCCACCCACCGUGAGGCAACGAAGAGGCAUUGACCCUCGCUCCUCUGGGGUGCACCUCACCCCCAGGCCUCACACGCCCGACCUCGGGCCCCUGUGCUUAUUUCUUUCUCGGUCGCUCAGUCUUCUCCGCCCGGCUGUUUGUUUUGUCUUUGGUUUUGCGCACGGGAAAGAGACGGGCGCCAUAAUGCGCGCCAAGUUGCGCUCAGGCUUUUACUUGGGCAAAAAGUCCGUCGUGCUGCUGGCGCUGCUGGCGGCCGCCCUGCUCUUGGCGUUGCUGGUGCUGGGGAUUCUCUACGGGAGCUGCGCGCAGAAACUGAAGGACGAGCGGCUGCGGAAGGGCGCCGAAGCAAGCCCCCCGACGCCCUCUGCCAACACCAGCGCCGGGCCGUCAGCGCUGCCCCCCGGACCGUGGGACGACUGGCGCCUUCCGGCGAACUUGCUGCCUUUGCACUACUCGCUGCUGCUGUGGCCCCACCUGGCGCCCGGCCUGCCCGAGCCCCGCACGUACUCGGGGCAGGUGAAUAUCACGGUACGCUGCCGCCAGGAGACGGCCACGGUGCUUCUCCACGGCGUCGGCUUGGCAUAUCAGAGCGCCGCCGUCUGGGGAGCCGUCGAGGAGCCGCGAAGCACCAACGGCAGCCGCAGCAUCCCCGUGGCCGAGCUGUGGCAAGUCCCGCAGAACGAGUACGUGGUCCUGGAGCUGCGCGAAAACCUGAGCGCGGGCGCCCUCUAUGAACUGCAGUUCUCUUUCCAGGGAAGGAUCUACCCGGAGCCGGAUUUCCAGGGGCUCUUCCUCAACACCUAUAAGGACGAAGGAGAGAGCAGGUGGUUGGUUGCAUCACACCUAGAACCUACAGAUGCCAGGAGAGUUUAUCCAUGCUUUGAUGAGCCUGCUAUGAAAUCUACCUUUAACAUCAGCAUUGUUCACCAUCCAAGCUAUGUUGCACUUUCCAACAUGCCAGCAAUCGACGUAUAUGAGUACAAAGGUGUGAAUGAGAGCAUACUGAGUACUUUGAGUAAUGGGACCACCACGAUUAAUUGGACCGUCACAACAUUUGAAAGAACACCAAAAAUGUCCACAUAUAUCACUACUUUUGUGGUCUGUAACUUUGAUUAUGUCACCACAACAGAGAGAGGCAAUGAGAUACGCAUUUGGGCUCGGAAGGAUGCAAUUAGAAAUGGAUUUACUGAGUAUGCUUUAAAUAUCACUGGACCAAUCUUUUCAUUUAUGGAAGAUUUACUUAACGUUAGCUACCCUCUUUCAAAAACAGAUCUGAUUGCACUACCUGAUAUGGGAGCUGGUGCUAUGGAAAACUGGGGGCUAAUGACUUUCCAGGAAACAUCCUUGUUGUAUCGCCCACAAGAUAAAUUCACAGGCACGAAAAUUUGGAUUGGCCAAAUUGUUUCCCAUGAGAUAGGACACCAGUGGUUUGGAAACCUAGUUACCAUGAAUUGGUGGAAUGACUUAUGGCUUAACGAAGGAUUUGCAUCUUACUUGGAAUAUCUAGGGGUAUGCUACAUUAAACCCACAGUGCCACUGGACGAAGUCUUUAGCUUUCAUGUUGUGUUACCUAUGUUGACAAUGGAUGAUGAAAUACCAAAUCAGUCUUUAUCAGACACAGAUGAAGAACGACAAUCAGCUACUUUAAUAGACCUGUUCAGUGCAGUAACAUACAAGAAGGGGGCUUCCAUAAUCCGGAUGCUUUCCAGCUUUGUAACAGAAAGACUAUUCAUCAAAGCACUCAAUUCAUUCCUGAAUGCGUUUUCCUUUUCAAAUGCAGUCCAGGAUGAUCUGUGGAAUCACAUUCAAAAGGUAAUAGAUGAACAGAAUGAUCUUCAGUUGCCGGCACCAGUAAAAGUUAUAAUGGACUCUUGGACCUGUCAGUAUGGCUUCCCGCUCCUAACAGUAAAUCUGUCUACUGGGAAUAUCAGUCAGGAGCAUUUUUUUUCUGAAAAAAGGAAAAACAAGACAAAUAACAUGUGGAUGAUUCCUAUUUCUUGGAUAAGAAGUGGAACCGUACAACCUUUGGUAUGGCUUGAUAAGAGGAGCAAAAUAUUUCCUGAAAUGAAAAUAUCAGAUUCAGAACAUGAUUGGAUUAUUUUAAAUGUGAACAUGACUGGCUACUAUAGAAUUAAUUAUGACCAAACACACUGGAGAAGACUGGCCAAAGUGCUUGAAAAUGACCCAAAGGCCAUUCCUGUUGUUAACAGGUUACAACUGAUGGCAGAUGCCUUUCAACUGCGACGGUCUGGUUACACUGAGUAUAAUACUCCACUGUAUUUAACCAAGUACCUUGAAAAAGAGGAUGAUAUCUUAGUGUGGAAUAUGGCACUGAGUGAACUAGAAGUUUACAAUUGGGGGCUCAUUUGGAAUGAUUAUGAAUUAUACCCAGUUUUAAAGAAAUACAUCUUACCACGAAUUUCACCAAUAUACCAUCAUUAUGCAUAUCUCCUUCGUCAGAGUUUUGAAGUGCUGGAAGCUGACUUUCAUACUCUUCGUAUAGAAAACAUACUUAAAACAGCAUGUUGGUUUGGGCUUCGUGAUUGUUUAGACCUAGCAUCUGAAAUCUUCACCAAGUGGAUGAAUGACCCCAGUCAUCAGGUUCCUGUUUUUAUUAGCAAAACGAUUCAUUGCUAUGGUAUUCAAGUGGGUAGUGAGAAAGAAUGGGAUUUUGCAUGGAAAAUAUACAAGGAGAAUGAUACCAGACUGACAGGAAAUAAUUAUGAUAUAUUCUCUGCCAUGAGUUGUACCCAUGAGCCAUGGUUACUUCAAAGAUUCUUGCAGUAUAUCCUGAACGAUUCUAUAAUUUCACCAGAUCUUGUAUCAGAAGCAAUUGGAAAUGUGGCAAACAGUAAGGCUGGCCACUGGAUAGCAUGGAAAUUUGUAACAGACAAUUGGUCAAAUUUAUAUAAUAGGUGUGGGUAUGGAGCAUUAUAUGCUUUCAUGGAUACUGUCAGUACAGACUUAGAGGUCCAGUUGGUCCAGGUUUUUCUUAACAGUACACUUGAAACACAACAAAGAAUAAUUCAUACAGACAGACUGCUGAGAGUAAAAGCUGAAAAAGAAGAAAGAAAAGAACCAAUUAUUAAAAUGAUCAAGUGGCUAAAAGAAAAUACGGAUGGCUAAUAUUUGAGAAACCUUCCAAAUAUCUGUGUUUUUAGUAAGUGCCUUGGUAGCAUUUUUUUUAAAAAGAGCGCACAUUAUUUUGUGUGUAGAGCUCUCACUUCAUGUUUUAAACGGUGGCAGUCUUCUUGCAAUAGUGCCCAGUGCAAAUCAGGAUACUGUGGAGUCAAAUUUCUGUCCAGGACAUUGUUGUACAAAACAAAUUACUGAAGUUUAAUGAAUUAUUGCUCUAUGGGGAUGCACUUUUUUAAAACCUGAGCCUAAAUAAAGGCAAAAGGAACCUCAAGGAAUAUCUUUACACACUGUGUCCAAUAAACUGAAUGAAGCAAGCUUGAAUGACUGAAAUGAAGAGCUAGAAGAAGCAAUAUGUGAUGUGGAACUCUUGUCUACAUAGUUUAAAAAGUUCAGCUUUCCUGCCUUUUAAAUGGAGCUGAUGAUAAUAAUAAAACAUAGUUCACUGGUUUACCAUAAGGUUAUACCACAUGAAUGCUUCAUUCUGAUAGAUGCAGGCAGUGAUCUGUAAAAGUGCAACAUUUAUUAUUUAAGUACUAAAGAUUUUUCUACAUCAACUACAUUAAAAAUGACUUUGAAAAUUA